UUUUGUUUUUUAAUUGAAAGAAUCCCAAACUCCACUGCUCUAAAUACAGCUUUUCCAACUGAUUAUAUAAUCAGUUGCAGCAAGGCUGAAAAUUGCAAGGGCUUUAAGAAGAUGUUUUCUUGUUUUAGCGUUAACCUUGAAAGAUUGCCUUUCAGCAAAGAUAUCUUUGUCUUGUAAAGUUGAGAAUAUUUGCGUCUGAAAUAUAGCAUAUGGGCACUGAUGGGCACUUGCGAAAAUGCGUUCUUGCUUUAAAACACCAUGUUGAAUUUGGGAUGAUGAUAAUGUGGGAAUCAUCAAGUGGUACUGUUAGUUUCUUUUUGUUUUCAUUUAUGACAGUGAUUUACUAUACUUUUAACGUGUUUUUUAAAGAGAAGGAAUAUCGAGGAUUUUAUAGUGGUCUAGGAACCUACCUUACACAGCACGUGCUCGACCGACGGAAUGUUUUUAGUGUAGCGCGUGAAGCUGUCAAACGCCUGAGCAGGGUAUCCCUCUAAGGACUGCGCUGUUUUACGCAGUUUUUGGGAUGUCUCAGUCUGACAGCAGAGGGCUGGUGCUGGGGGCCCUGGCUGGGGCAGCGGGUCUGACCCUGGCUGUGGUGUGGUACCAGAGCCGCAGGGCGGGUGCCGGCAGGAUGGUCGCCCAGGAGCUGUACCUGAACAGCAACGACCACCACGUGGGGGCCAGCGUGAGCGUUGCUUGGGCUGGCCAGAGGGAGGUUCUGGACCGUCUCGGAGCGCUCAUCCAGUGUGUGUCUGAGCUGAAGGAGGAGGUGCGCGCUCUGAAGGCGGCGCUGCCGCUGCUGCAGGACCACGUCCGAGACGAGCUGCAGGGCGGUUCACGGCGGGCGGCGGAGUCGCGCAGAGCCACUCCCACCCGGAAGAGGCGGACGGCAGGGCCCUCGGCGAGGCAAGAUGGACAGAGCUCAGAGGAUGCCGGGAGCGAGGGCGGCUACAUGACGGCCAUGACUGACUCCGAGGAGGAGGACAAGAAGGGGAGAGAGGCAAAGGAGGAGGAGGAGGAGGAGGAGGAGGAUGAAAACCAGGAGGAGCCGGACGAGCUGAGCAUCCUGCUGGAGAGCGCGGACGCCCUGCACGCUAAGGAGACCGAGAGGGGGGUUGGACUGGCCCCACUGCUGGAACGGAGAGGGCAGUUUGAACAGGACUAUGCCUUCAUGUGGCGGUUGGCGCGGGCCUACUCUGAUGCCCAUGACAUGGCCCAGGACAGGGAGGAGAAGAAGAGCAUGGCGGAGUCAGGGAAGAAAGCAGGAGAGGAAGCAAUCGCACUGAACCCCGACUGUGCUGAUAGUCAUCAGUGGUUUGCCAUUUUGUGUGGACAGUUAUCUGAGUAUGACAGCAUCCAGAAUAAAAUCAAAAAUGGCUAUCUGUUUAAGGAUCAUCUCGACCGAGCCAUUGAGCUGAAACCUGAGGACCCUCUCUCCUAUUACCUGCUGGGCCGCUGGUGUUACGCCGUUGCUCAGUGCACGUGGAUUGAAAGGAAAAUUGCAGCUACUCUUUUCGGAGAGCCUCCCAACGCAACCGUCCAGGACGCCCUGAAGAACUUCCUGAAGGCUGAGGAGAUCUGUCCAAAGUACUCAAAAGCCAAUCUCGUCUUCUUGGCAAAGUGUUAUAAGGAGUUGGGCCAGAAACAGCAAGCCAGAGAGGUGUGCAACACAGCAUCCUGCAUGGACAACACUACUAAAGAGGUAGGACAGUGUAUAUCCAGCUCAGACAAAACUACCUUGCUGUGAAUUUGAGCUACAGCUGUCACAUGUCCUUUCCACCAACGUAAACUAGCAGCUAGUUCUGGGCUGGUGCUAGUGAAGUUUCAGAGUUGGACUUGAACUUGCAAACCUUCUAAGAAUCAGUUUGCUUUUCCACGGGCUAGAGAGCCAACAUAGAACCAUGUCAUUACGUCACUGUAUACGUCUCCGCUUUCCAGCAAUGCCAGCUCCAAGCACAACAACAAAGGCAGACUAGCAAGCAAGCAUA